AUGUCAGAUCUUGUUAUCCUAACUAUUAUUGAUAAAAAAGUUAAAUUGCAAAAACUUAUUAAUAAUCACCCUGGAUAUGAUAUAAAAUAUGCUGAAAGACAGUAUGAUACUUUAUCAGUUAUUCAACCAAAUGAAACUCUACAGCAAUGGGCUAUUCGUAUAAGAGUUUCUUUACAAGAGCUAGUCUCUGAAAAGAAAAGAAGCGUAUAUCAUAUACACUGUUUAUAUGCAAGGUUUGAAAAUUCUAAGCUAGUCAAUCAUGAUUACUACAGACCUAAAAUUCACAAAACUCAUAUGGCAAUUUGUCUUGAUUGCUGGCAAUUAAUUCAAGUUAAUGAUAUGAAACCAAAGAAAGUAUAUGCUUUUGCUCUCUAUAGAUAUAUUGAAAAGAUUAAACCAGCAGAUUUGAGAAAAUAUCAUUGGAAUCAUGAAUGUAAUAAACCUAAAUCUCAAGAUGAAAGGGAGCCAUCAAAUGCACAACUUGCCUGGUUGAGUUUACCAAAUGAUAAUAUUCCAGAUGAUGAGAAAUUUCUAGGCCUAAUUUCUCAUAAAGUGGAAAAUCCUCAAACUUGA